AUGGCGACUAAUCUCCAAAGCACCAGACGCACGGCCACCUCCCACAGCUCACUUACUGCGCCAAUCUUCGCUCUUCCAGUCGAACUUCUCUUUGUAAUAUUCUUAGCUGUUGUUAGCGACGACGACGACAACGACGACCCCUUCGCUGACAAGGAACGGCCCAGAGAAUGGCGCGACCUUGUUUCCGUCUCUCGAGUUUGCCAGCAUUGGCGAUCCGUCACCCUUCAAGGCGCUUCCGACCUCUGGGGGAUGGUACUGGGUUUAUGCUUGAGCAGCGGAGAAACUAGCACUAGAAGGAACAAUCUCGUCAUGGACGAGCUUCUGCGCCGGACCGACAACGCGCCAUUGUCAAUCAAAAUCUCCCUUCCUUUCGAGAACAGAGACCCGCUCUUGCUCUCUCGUCCUGCAUGGAGGAACACGCUCCAGAACGCCUCCCGGUUCCGUGCCUUUCACUUCAGCUUCAACUCUCCGAUAAAAAUCGAGCCUCUCAUCGCGGAUUUCUUCACAAGGCCAGCCCCUCUUCUCGAAGAAUUUUCAUGGAAGGUCGGUCCUACGUAUACCCACCUUCUCCGUCACUUGCCACAAGAACCGCUGUUCGCCGGGGACGCGCCUAAUCUGCGCCGUGUGACGAUAGACGGUGCUCGCUUUUCGCUGGAGAUGUUCAGUGGGCUCAAUCUGACGCAUUUGCACGUCACGCGCAACAUCACCUACCGAGCCCCCUGCGUCUCUAAAUGGAUCGAAUUACUCAGGGAACAACCAAGCCUAGAAGAGCUCACUCUGAAGCAAUGUGUGGUCGACGACGACGACUCUGAAAUCACAUCGACCAAGGCCCGGCUACCCCGCUUGCGCUCCUUCGUCUUGGCCCAGGCCACUGCUUGCUGUAUCCAGCUUUUGGACCGUCUCGAGCUUCCGUCCCUCAACCACCUGGAAGUUGUAGCAUCCUCAAUUUAUCCAAGCGCCCAAAUGGAUGCCCUAACGGACGUCCUGUCAAAGCAUCUCGCAAGCGAGCGAUGGGCGCUGAAGCCGUUCUCCCGCUUGACGAUGGCGAUUGACUCAUCCUGGCCAUCCGUCCAGAUUGACGCCCACGACGCACACAAGACGAAGACCCUCUCUAUCUGUUAUUGUUGCACCUUCCUCUCAAGCUCCGGGCUGGUGCCCGCUGUGGAGGGAGUCGCGUACGACCCCGACGGUGACGAUAUCUCUGAGAGAGGAGCCUUUACAGAUAGUACGGACGACGAGAACGACCAGACUGCUUUCUGGGUUGACGAGCUGAAUGGUGUCACGGAUAGGGGAGAGUUGAAGCUGGACGCUGGAUAUGCAACGCCCGAAGAGGCUCCAGGCGCGGAGAUCUUCCGCGACACCAUAGCAAACCUUUUCAACAAGAUGAGCAAUUUUGGGCUCCUCAGCAAAUGUACCAAUCUUGCUUUGGACAUCCGCCGCUCGCCCCCGCAACUCAUGCCGUUGAUCCGCGACUGUCUUCAGUCCCUCGACGCGGUUAGUGAGGUCGAAAUCUCGCUGAGGUCGCCUGUUAACGACGUGAUUCGGCUUUUCAACGAAUGUCCAGGCUCGGUUCGACAAAUACAGCCGAAUGCUAUUGAUGGACAUCUCCGGCCGUCAGCGCUAGAUGAUGCCCCUACUGUGUAUUUGAAAGUCGUAUAG